AACCUCAGUGCGUUCAAAUCAACUCGGAAUUCCAGCUCGGGCCUUUUUCUAAAUCUCCGACUUUCGGACCUGAAGAUCACUGACCUCAUUUUUACCAGUUUUGAACGCGGUAGCAGUUGUAUUGAAGUACCAAUACUUACAAAACAAACCAUUUUGAAAACCAUUUAUUUGAUAAUGAGCUAACUUAUAGCGGACAAACACUCAACGUUUUAAAACUUUCCUCCUUGAUAUUUCUUCCUCUUUAUUUUUCUUAUUAAUAUUAAUCAACUAUUAUCGACCCCUACGCGGAUCAUACAUGCUCCAGUACACUGUACCUUGUAAAACGGUUAUCCGAGUUGCACAAAACAGGAAAUUACAUGAGUGCAACAACACAGAGGUCCGACGUUGCAAAUAAGGCAGCACUUGUUCAGCCUGCAACCGAAAGACCAGCUUAUGACAGAAUGUCAGGCAUUGAAGAAACUUCACAUGUAUCCUCAGAAUUGCAGGAUGAGAGGAGGAGCGAGGAAGGGGUCGAAGAGGAGCCCGAAAUUGACUAUGAAAACCCGUUCCGUUAUAUGUUUUACAGAGACAGAAAAGAAUGGGCUGAUUUAGAACCUGUUCCACAAGAUGAUGGUCCCAAUCCUGUUGUGAAGAUUGCCUACUCUGACAAGUUCACAGACGUGUAUGACUAUUUCCGAGCGUUAUUGAAGAAUGAUGAAAAAAGCGACAGGGCAUUCACGCUGACGGCUGAAGCUAUUGAACUGAAUGCUGCAAAUUACACUGUAUGGCACUACCGGCGAGUGUUACUGCAGGCCCUGGAGAAGGACCUGAGAGAGGAGAUGAGGUACAUUACGGCCAUCAUUGAGGACCAGCCCAAAAACUACCAAGUCUGGCACCAUAGACGUAUGGUGGUGGAGUGGCUGAACGACCCCUCGGAAGAACUGGAGUUCAUUGCAGAGAUCCUAAGUCAGGAUGCUAAGAACUACCACGCCUGGCAGCACAGACAGUGGGUCCUCAAGGAGUACAAGCUGUGGGACAGUGAGCUGGAGUAUGUGGAGCAGUUGUUGGAGGAGGAUGUGAGGAACAACUCUGCAUGGAACCAGAGGCACUACGUCAUCUCCCACACAACAGGCUACUCAGACCCAUCCAUACUCAACAGAGAAGUACAGUACAGUCUCAAACAGAUCAAGAAGGCUCCCCACAAUGAAAGUGUGUGGAACUAUUUGAAAGGGAUUCUGCAGGACCGGGGCCUGUCGUCCCACCCGGGUCUCCUGGAGCAGAUCCUGGAGCUCAAGGAGACCCACUGCUCGCCCUACCUGCUGGGCUUCCUGGUGGACAUCUACGAGGACUCCCUGGAGAACACCUCAGGAGACCAGGUGGAGGUCCUUAGCAAGGCCCUGGAGGCCUGGUGGAGUGCUGCAGAGAUGGUUGUCCUUCUGGAAGGUUCCCCCAUCUCCACAGAAGGACUUGCAGACCGUUUAAUUUUUAAUACAUUUGCAAAGAUUUCUAAACCUGUUUUUUUUUUGUCAUCAUGGGGUUUUGUGUUUAGAUGGAUGAGGGGGAAAAAUCUAUUCCAUAAAUGUUAGAAUGUCUGUAAUGUAAUAAAAUGUGGAAAAAGUCAAAGGGUCUGAAUAAUUCCCAAAUGCACUGUAUAACAUUCUAUUGCUUGCAAGAAUUAAAAAAUAAAAAAAAUUAUUGAAAAAUGUAACGUUUUUUUAAAAUCCGGCAUUGUUUUGUGUAUCAGUUUUAUAAACCAUGUACCAUGGAAUCGGUAUAUCGUAAAUCGCUUCACAGCUAUUUUGCAAUCUACAUGGCACAGCUGUCAAUUUUUUGGUCCUUUAAAUGAAACUGAUAUACUUUUUUAUUUAUGACAAUUUUCUUUAACCAAUUUUGGUCUUUAAUGCAGGGCAGACAGACAACUUCCUUACUUUCCCCCCCUUCCACUUGCCUCAUCCAUUUUUGCGGCAAUUGUUGACAUUUUGGGUAGAGCAGACAUUUCCAUAUGUUUCCAUUAGCUGCAUGUGUGACAACUCCACCAGUCCUAUUUAUGACAUAAUUUAAAAGGAUUAUACUCAUACUAGUUUUUAUUCCAAAAAUGCUUUUUUAAUCAAUUAGUGUAUUUUGUGUUUUAACUGUAAUAUUAGUAUUUUUUUGUUCUGUCUUUUCUGGUGGAUUAAACUGAAAUUGCAACAAA